AUGCCUUCUCCUCACUUGGAGUUGGGCAUCCUCCCCAGUGCAAACUCACUCCUGACUCCUGCAUCACCCAAACACAUCCCAGCAAUCACAAGGAUCCAAGUAAACAAGACCUUCUACAAGGUGCUCGAUGUAUUAUUCUUGAGCACAGGCUUUCUAGGAAGGGGUACUGUUUGUUACCUCACACACUACGAUGGGGAAUACUAUGUCAUCAAGGAUUAUUGGGUGGAGGAGUCAGAGCAGAGGACAGCCCUGCAUGAAGUCAACAUGAUGAAGCUGGUCCAGGACAUCAACAGAGUUCCCAAGUUGCAACACUACUGGGUCAUUGAGGUCAAGCUGGGCAUUCAGGCUCUCGAGAGGGGUGUCCUCCAUCGAGAUUGUAGCAUCAACAAUACAAUGAUUGAGGACUUUGCAAAUGGGUCACACAGCUUUCUCCUUGACUGGGAAUUUGCUGUACAGGUCAUGUUACAGGGGGAAUAUGACUUGGGCAGCACAGGGACAGUCCCCUUCCUUUCAGUCAAUAUCCUUUGCCAACUCAAGGAAGCCAUCACUAAAAGUGGAAAGACUAAUGUCCCAUCAAUCUGGAAAAGUGCCUCUCUCACCCACGUAUUCAUUGAUCACCCUACUACUAUACACCAUACAUUUGUGGAUGAUAUCAAAUCCCUAUUCUACAUUUUCAUCUGGAUCCUCAUCCUUUAUGAUGGACCACUUGACCAUGAGCAUCAAGAUAUCAGCCAUGAAAAGACACUGCUUGGCUUGUGGAGUGAAAAGGUGGCCAAAGAUCUCGAAAUUGCCAGAUGUGCCAAGUUCACAUUCCUUAAUGGCCCAUCCAAAUCAAGGCUGGAUUCUGAGGUCUUGCAAUAUUUUCAAGAUCUAAUCCCUCUGGCUAACAAGUGGCUCAUAUUGCUUGGGUGGUCCCUGCUGAGUGGAACUGCAGUGCAGUUCUCUGAUGUUAUCUCCCUUUUUGAUCAUUUCUUGGCCAGCAUGCCAUAUGAGAAACCACCAGAGAUGAUGAAUGCAUUCCAGCAGAUCAUUGCCCAGCACAAAGCACUUAAUUCAAGCAUGUGUCCAAGUCAGGAGAAUGAUAUGGAUGUCAUGUCUUCAGCAAUUAUGUCUUCUAAACACCUUUGUGAAGAGGUAAUGAGCAUGGAUAACCCUCCUAUACCCAAUAAAUACUUCAAAGGCAUGUAG